AUGGUACCUAUGCCGUAUCCUCUGUCUAAUGAUGUCAAGAUGGCCUGGGAUGUUGUAAUUCCAGCCUCGGAAUUUGUUACACACAUGCGAACUGGUGUGCAGGCUUAUGAGCUCUUUUUUGAAUGGUAUGCUCAAGUCAAAACAGACACAAGAUGGCAUCCCUCCAACUCAAAAGAUAUGAUGGACAGGCUUCAAGCAUUUGAAAAGACUUUGCGAGAGGAACUUAUUCCUCCAGAAAUAUCUCUAACUGUGGAUCCAAUACCUGAAGAGCCCCCUCAACCUUCAUCUAUUCCGCCUCAAGACCCGAUCCCCAGUGUCUGUGUCCACGAGCCCUCUAUUGCGCCUCAAGACCUUGAUCCCUCAUUACAGUUCCAUACGCCUGUUCCUGCUCAUAGGUCACCUCGUCAUUUGGCCUCACCCAAAGCCCAAGUCAACAAAGGAAAGCAGAAGAUGUCCAAAACUGUUGUCUUCUCAUUGCCUUGA